GGUCACAUGGUGCCAUGAGUAAUCUUGACGGUGACUGAUGAUGACGAUCUUGAUUUGGGGAAAUGUUGUAGUGACGGUUGCUGUCAUAACUUCGGGUGCAAAUGAAAAAAAACGACCACGGCUUCACGUUGCUGGCGUCGUGGCAUGGACUAAAUCUGAUGGAGCUGUGAAAGCAAACCAGGUUGGUUUUUCACUCCUGCUUUGGAUUAGAAAACAAAUAAAUACGCAGGAUUGCCACGAGCACGGAAAGUUGGAAUGCGGACAUUCUGGUCGACAUCCUUAUUCCACGCUCCGUUGGUAGAACAAAAAUAGAAUUCCAUGUUUAAUCGCGGCAGUGAUCUGUUCAUUACGGAGCCAAUCUAUGAAGCAAAGUUCUAUGAGCUCUCUUCCAUUAGAAAUGGACAUAUAAUCGCACAGGCUGCUCAAAUAUGACUUUGUACUUAACGCGGUACCGCGGGUAACCGACGCACCUCAGAGAGCGGCGAUACGUGACGGUUCGGACCGGGUGCAUUUUGGAAGUGAGAUGCAGUUCACGCUGGUGCCGGGAAAUAUCUGAUGGAGAAUUCCAAAACUAGAAUAGCGGGUUCAGACGAUUCCACGAGAUUAGAAGCAAGAUUGAAAUUACUUCUGCGAUUUAUUAAAAAAUAUGUAUGUCGUGGACGAGUCUUAGAAAACGCCGGGACUUCAGUACCAGCUAAUGCAUCGUGUUUGACGCUGACAGAAACUCGAGUUCUGCGUGUUUAGUCUACUGGAGUGAGUUUUAUUAUUGUGGUUGGCAUGACAAACGAUGCCGAUCUCCUGAGCAGCUUUGAAACUGUUAUCAAAGCGGAUCCAAUGAACAUACUUUUAUAAACCAAGAACAAAACAUACCAGAAAGUAUGUACGAAGUAAAAAUCACAGAGAUGGUAGCUAGCCAUAUGAGAUUACCGAUUUUGGAAGACACUUAGACUGACCGACAAAACAAAACUCAAAUAUUCCCUCCAAACGUACAAGAAGGGCAGAAAGUUUUGAGACAACCAACGUUGAAAUAAUGGAAGGACCUUUACGGUUCACGACGGCCAUGGGGGACGGCCGACCCAAGGCGGUGAAGGACCCCUCGGCCCCUUCUGCGCCGGAGGAAGACGCCAACAGGGCACGGCUCCCCGCCGGAGGAUACUACGAUGACAGCGAGGCCAAGCUGGCCAAUCGCUACGAAGACCGGCGGUUGGCCAUGGCCAUACAGGGGAUCAGCCUAGAGCGGUGCCGUACAGUGGCAGAGAUCGAACACGGCAAGAAAACGGUGCGCAAAGGCUUCCACAAGAUCCUUUCACAGCAGCAAUUACUGGAUGUUGCCCGGGCAGAUAACGUCGUUGGGUCCCGGCAUCCACCGCCCAGCGACACACCGCGCUCGCCCCGUCCGCCAGCCUACCGCCGCCCGCUCAGCAGCAAGAACGCUCGCGCUUCCUCAACAUCAAGACAAUAUCUUCAUCGUAGCCCCUCAUCGCCAAAUUUCAACCCCAACUCCUUAGAUGCUAAGAGCACUGGAAGGAAGUCGGAUCCUGGACCCCUGAGGAGGCUGUCGCCUCAUGAGCCAGAACAGAAGAUGAGAACUUGUGAGGGGUUCCGUGCCUCACGACCCUUGACCUCGGGUGGUAGGAGAACAGUUGGUGUCCUGCGUGGGAAUGACGGUGGAAGAAGGGAGGAGGGAUUUGGAAGGGGAGCAGGACCUACAUCCAAGCCCCACAAACCAGGGGACGGUCGCAGCAGGGCCAGGACAGCUCUUGGGUUCAGGCAGAGAUGCCGGAACCAGCACAAACUGGUUCCACCUGGUUCCAACCAGAUCCAGCCCAAACCGGUUCGGCCCAACCACAUCCAGCACCUACCGACUCAGACCAGUUCAGCGCAGACGAGUGCCAGCGAAGAUGACUCUAACACCGAUGAUGAUACUGAUGAUGAGGUGGUUAAAAGGGAACCGAGACAGCGUUCCACGAGUGCUUUUGGGGCUGACCAAGUACACCUCAUGCCCUCGUCGGAUGAAGAACCGGACCUACUUGCCGGGCAGGGGGUGAUGCCACGGCAGCGAAGCAACUCCAUCCACAACCGGCCCCACUCCACGGCGACGAGUCGGUCACGACGGGAGCUCAGCCGGCUCACGCACAUCGACGCCAUCACAGCCGCUGAAAUGGCCCUCCGGAGGAAAAUGUGGCUGGCGAAAAAGGAGUCCCAGAACCACUUUGGGGAUGUGGCCCUCCAACAGAAGGUCCAGGAGUUCAUCACCAAGUUGGACGGCGACAAAAAGAAGGCAACACAGCAGCUGAUGACAUUUCCAAACACGGAUCAGACAAAGGAAGAGCACUUCGUAUUGCCAGCAUUGUGACAAACUCCGCUCCUCUCCCAUCUCCUCAACUCAUUCUUUGGAUUAGAUUCAGUUGUAAUCGACCUCACACGACCUACUCUUGGCAAAACAAGCUUAACCCAACUUGAAAAAGGGAGAGUCUGAUGCCAGACAGAAAGAAGAAGAGGGAAGCAGCAUUACAAGAACUACAUAUCUUGUUCACUGAAGGAAGACGCCGAGAAAUUUGGAGAAUCUUGGGCCCGAGUGCCCAAAGCGCGGAUACGUCGGAAAUUACAGGCUCCAAUUCCCCAUCACUAAAAUUUUCGUUGUUCAUGCAUUUCUUUAUAUAAGGCUUGUCUUUUGGCUGUCAGAAAUGAAGAAUAAGGAAUGUGUUCGUCAGAUUUCAUACAUUGCUUAGGUUAUUUUCUGUCAAAUGAAUCAGAGAAUCGCUUUUAUUUGACCUUUUGACAUAACUGGUAUAGUUCAUUUGUAUUUGAGUCGCCAGUAGCAUUUUCAUCAGAACUUAUGUACCUGUUC